UUUUCUCUCAACGCUAUUUCAGAAUUUCUCACCACAAAACCAGAGACUAGUCUUUAGAGAGAGAGAGAGAGAAGAGAAGGAACCAUCACAACUCUUUCUCUCUCUAAAAUUCGCUCACACUUUCUUCUUCUUCUCCUUGUUCUUCAGUCAGAACUCACCCGAAUCAAAACACACAGACACACAAAAAAAAUCAUUUUCUGGUGAUUUUUUUGUUUGAAUUUUGGGUGAAGAGUUGAAUUCGAUGGAGUCAAAUUCGAUGAAACUAUCGAUAGUUGAUUUAAUGUCUGCAAUUUUAAAUGGGAAAUUAGAUCAAGCAGAUUCAAUUUUGAUAGAGAAUCGUGAGAUUUUGAUGAUAUUGACUACAGCUAUAGCCGUUUUUAUUGGUUGUGGUUUCCUUUAUAUUUGGAGAAGAUCUUUUAGGAAAUCCAGUAAAAUUGUUGAGGUACCUAAAACUGGUUUUACUAAAGAACCUGAACCUGAAAUUGACGAUGGUAAAAAGAAAGUUACUAUCUUCUUUGGUACUCAAACUGGUACUGCUGAGGGUUUCGCUAAAGCACUUUCUGAAGAAGCAAAAGCAAGAUAUGACAAAGCUGUCUUUAAAGUGGUUGAUCUGGAUGAUUACGCAGCAGAUGAUGAUGAGUUUGAGGAGAAACUAAAAAAAGAAAAUUUAGCGCUUUUCUUUUUAGCUACCUACGGAGACGGUGAACCAACAGAUAAUGCUGCCAGAUUUUAUAAAUGGUUUACGGAAGUGGCUAAAGAGAAGGAACCAUGGCUUCCGAAUCUUAACUUUGGUGUGUUUGGAUUGGGAAAUAGACAGUAUGAGCAUUUCAAUAAGGUUGCAAAGGUUGUUGAUGAGAUUAUUGUUGAACUGGGUGGGAAACGUCUUGUUCCUGUGGGUCUUGGAGACGACGACCAAUGUAUAGAAGAUGACUUUACAGCAUGGCGAGAGUUGGUAUGGCCUGAAUUGGAUCAGUUGCUCCUUGAUGAAAAUGAUUCAACGAGUGUUUCAACCCCUUACGCUGCUGCUGUAGCAGAAUAUAGGGUGGUAUUCCAUGAUUCUGCUGAUGCAUCCCUACAAGACAAGAACUGGAGUAAUGCCAAUGGCUAUGCUGUCUAUGAUGCUCUGCACCCAUGCAGAGCCAAUGUGGCUGUAAGAAGGGAGCUUCACACUCCAGCUUCUGAUCGUUCUUGUAUUCAUCUGGAAUUUGACAUAUCAGGCACUGGGCUUACGUAUGAAACUGGAGAUCAUGUUGGUGUCUACUCUGAAAACUGCAUGGAAACUGUGGAGGAAGCGGAAAGAUUGUUGGGUCUUUCAUCGGACACUGUAUUUUCUAUUCACGUCGAUAACGAGGAUGGGACACCGAUCGCCGGCAGCGCAUUACCUCCCCCUUUUCCCUCUCCCAGCACUUUAAGAACUGCACUUACCAAAUAUGCUGAUCUAUUGAAUUUCCCCAAGAAGGCUGCUCUACAUGCUCUAGCUGCUCAUGCAUCUGAUCCAAAGGAAGCUGAGCGAUUAAGAUUUCUUGCAUCUCCUGCUGGAAAGGAUGAAUAUGCACAGUGGGUAGUUGCAAGUCAGAGAAGUCUGCUAGAAGUCAUGGCUGAAUUUCCAUCAGCUAAACCUCCACUUGGGGUGUUCUUUGCAGCAAUAGCACCUCGGCUGCAGCCUAGAUUCUAUUCGAUUUCGUCCUCCAACAGGAUGGCACCCUCUAGAAUUCAUGUCACAUGUGCGCUAGUGAAUGAGAGAACACCAGCUGGUCGAAUUCAUAAAGGAGUCUGUUCAACCUGGAUGAAGAAUUCUGUUCCUUCGGAAGAAAGCCGUCACUGCAGCUGGGCACCAGUUUUUGUGAGACAAUCUAACUUCAAACUGCCUGCUGAUUCUACAGUACCAAUUAUCAUGAUUGGCCCUGGUACUGGGUUGGCUCCUUUCAGAGGAUUCAUGCAGGAACGACUUGCUCUUAAGGAAGCCGGUGUAGAAUUGGGAGCUGCGGUCCUGUUCUUUGGAUGCAGAAACAGAAGCAUGGAUUUCAUUUAUGAAGACGAGCUGAAUAACUUUGUCGAGUCAGGUGCUAUCUCUGAGUUGGUGGUCGCUUUCUCACGUGAGGGUCCUACCAAAGAAUACGUACAACAUAAGAUGACAGAGAAGGCUUCCGACAUCUGGAAUAUGAUCUCUCAGGGUGCUUAUCUUUACGUCUGUGGUGAUGCCAAAGGCAUGGCCAAGGAUGUGCAUCGAACUCUUCACACAAUUGUUCAAGAGCAGGGAUCUUUAGACAGCUCCAAGACUGAAAUGUUGGUGAAGAAUCUGCAGAUGGAUGGGAGGUAUCUACGUGAUGUCUGGUGAUUAACCUCUGCACUUUUUGAGCUUAUAUUUUUAAGAACUGGAUGAUGGUAAUUAAUUCGCAGAGAGAAAGGCUGAUUUGCCUCUAAAGAAAGUAAAAUGAGAAAUGAAUUACCCUAAUACAGAAACGGGAAAUUCCAUGGUUUCUUUCUCUCAACUGUCAACCCUUUUUUAAAAAAGGAGGAUUGCUGUUUGUGUUUGGUCGAUGAUUCAGUUAUUCUUUUUCCUGUUUCUCCCCUAACAGGUUUUUUUUUUUAUAUGUUCAUGUAAUUUUAAUAUACACUAUAUAUUUGUAAUAGUGUUUAUUUUAUUAGGUCAAAAGAUCAUAAGCACCAUGUCAAGCUAUAUAUACAGAUUAUCAUUUAUCUGAGCGAUGAAUACUUCUUGUUGAGAGAAACACUAUUAUUUUGUAAUGGAAUUCUUUAUAGUACCAUCUCGUCAAAUGGUGAUUAGCCAU